AGAAGAGAUUUUAUAAUUAAUCGAUAGUAAUGACAGACGUGACUUGAUUGAAAUUGCACAUACGACCGAUAACAAUGUGCGUCACAGGGGGGAGGCAACCGUUAAAUUUUGCGCCUCCAUAUGGAGUUAUACAUCAGAGGGAUAUAUUUAUCGGUCACAAACAACAAUUGUCCGGUGUCACAUUUAAUUGACGGUUAUAAAAUGUAGCGAGCGUGCAAUCGAGAAUAAUUUGGCGUGAGUCUCGCGCGAGAGCCGGCUUUCAGAGGGAGGAGAUGCGUCGCCACGUGAUUCCUAUAAUUUUCUGGAUUCGUGUUUAGCGAAACGACAAGGCUCUUGUUUGACAAAAUAACAAGUAGGUGGGUGUCGGUUUUCACACCCAUAGCUCGGCGGGACCUCUUCGGAGAACGUAAAAAAAGCCGACAUACGAAACCGGUCCCGAUGAAUCUUUGUUAUACUGGAGCCCCCACAUAUUGCCUGCCACCUUCAUACGUGCGCCUAUAAGGACGAAACGGCUGAAGAACUUCAGGACUGUACUCUACCGUCACUUGUGAGAAGGAGAGUACAAUAUACUCUCGGAAAAAAGAAGAACAUAUUAGUCCCUCGGUUAAAUCAUUGAGAAUUUGGAUAAUCAUCGACGUGAAUCAACUCAGCAUCCUGUAUGACGCAAUAGAGACCAAUAAAUUGUAUAAUAUUUUAUCAACUGAAUGUUAUCUUUGUUGAAUAAUUUCAGGGGCGCAUCCUGUGUUGCGUACAGGACUGAAAUGUGCAUCACGUACGAAGAAGGAAAAAGAGAGACAGAAAUGGAAAGAAAGACCCAAGGGCCUGAAUGGCUUACGGACGCUACGGCACGUUAGUUGCCAGACGAGGAUUCGCUCUUUUAUGGCUCCGACGGAUCAGGCCAUCGAAUCCCUUGGUUCUCAACGAAUGAAAUAUACUUCCACAGCCAGAGUGAUUCUUGUAGCCGGCGCCGAAUAGAUUGGACCGGGGCCCGGCCUUCUUGCCCGCUCACUUUGUUCGAUCAUUGUCGUGCAACGCGCCGAGGCGUAAGAUCACUAAAAAUUAACAAGAUUCACGCGACGCGGGACAUUUCAUUAAAGUGGUGCUACAAUUAGGCGUCAGAUCGUUUGGAAAGCGGUAGCAAGCAGUCUCGCCCUCCUGAAGCGUGACAUAUUGCUGCAGUGCAACAAUCUUCUGGGCCGAGCGUGCCGCGCCGUCAGCAAUUAACUGUACAGGGUACAGGCCUGAGGAGAGUCGCCAUCUCUCGCUCGCUCGCGCGUCGCCGAUCAGAGAAGCCGAAGACACCCGAAGUUCCUCCCCCACUUGCUCGACUCCGCGAGACGGAGAUCGCCGAGGUCGGAGUAGCCUGCGCUAUGCGCCUCGACGCGGAGCGCCCUACGUCACAGUGAAGUAUGUGCUCCCGAGUGUAGAAAAUGGCUGUGCUCUCCGCUUCCAGGGAUCGGCGCGGAUGUAAAUAUGGCCUGUGGCUCGGUUUGGGAGUGUUCGCCGUGAGAUGCCUCGGCGUCCUGGGCAUUGUUUGUUACUGCGAUGGACACUGUCCGGAUGGCAGGCAAAAUGGAACGUGCGAGUUACGAGCCGGAGGACAAUGUUUCAGCGCCGUGGAAGAGGUGUGGGACACCGAAAUGUCAGAGUACGUGCCUGAAGUGUCGUUUGGUUGCUUGCCACCCGCGGAGGGCGGUUUUAUGCAAUGCAGAGGAAAUCAAGUUCCUCAUUUACAAGAGAAGAGUAUAACGUGCUGCAACAAUACGGAUUUAUGUAACAAGGACCAAUAUCCCGAAAUAGCCUACAAGCCGCGUCCUACCAUGGGUCCCAGUUCGAUAGAUAUUACAACGGGAGCGCCGUUUAUUGUCCUAGCAGUGGUCUUAUCGGCAAUGCUGAUGAUUACCAUAAUAGUUCUACUGAUCAUGUAUCAUAGAUGUUGGAAGAAAGAGAUAGAUCCGUGCCUAGUGCCAUCGCAAGGAACUUUGAAGGAUUUUAUAGAUCAAAGCAGCGGAUCUGGAUCGGGACUGCCGCUCUUGGUACAACAGACUAUUGCGAAACAAUUAGCCAUGUCGAAGUGCGUAGGAAAAGGACGUUACGGCGAAGUAUGGCUCGCCAGAUGGCGAGGCGGCGAAAAAGUAGCGGUGAAAGUUUUCUUCACUUUAGAGGAAGCAUCUUGGUUCAGGGAAACGGAAAUUUAUCAAACCGUGUUGAUGAGACACGAUAAUAUAUUGGGUUUUAUCGCCGCCGAUAUUAAGGGUACCGGCUCUUGGACUCAAAUGUUGUUGAUCACGGAUUAUCACGAAAGAGGUUCAUUACACGAUUACUUACAAGUAACUGUGCUGGAUCAUCAGGCUCUAUUAACAAUUUGUUUGUCAAUCGCUUCUGGUAUCGCGCACUUGCAUACCGAAAUCUUUGGUACACAAGGAAAACCCGCGAUAGCACACAGAGACAUUAAAAGCAGAAAUAUUUUAGUGAAAAGGAAUGGAGAAUGUGCCAUAGCUGACUUUGGAUUGGCUGUUCGUUACAUAAGCGAGAGCGGAGAGAUUGACAUUGCGCCAAAUACUCGAGUGGGUACGCGGCGUUACAUGGCACCGGAAGUGAUAGACGAAACUCUGAAUAAAACUUCCUUCGAUGCGUUCAAAAUGGCAGAUAUGUAUUCUGUCGGUCUCGUAUUUUGGGAAACUUGCAAAAGAUGUAUUAUGGGUGGUAAAAAUUCUACCGUCGAUGAUUAUGCCUUGCCUUACCAGGAUGUCGUUCCAAGCGAUCCUAGCUUCGAAGAUAUGAAGCAAGCAGUCUGCGACAAACGAUUACGUCCACUAAUUCCGGCAAAAUGGGAUAACGAUCCGAUUCUAUAUUCGUUAAGCAAAAUAAUGUCGGAAUGUUGGCAUACGAAUCCACCAGUUCGCUUGACUGCUCUUCGCGUUAAAAAGACACUAGUGUCGAAAGUAAACCAUAGUUACACUAUAAAGUAUGUAUAGUACUUGACAACAAAACUGACUCUAGUUAACAAAACUUUCUACUCCUGUAAAUAUAUAUUUUAGUGUACAUAGAAUUGUUGAUAGACUGCAGCCCUAAGACUGAUGAUUACAAGUUUACAAAUAUGCAAAAAAGAAAGAAAGAGAAUAUAUAUGAAUGAAUGAGCGCGUACAUGAAA